UGAAUACUUAAAGAGUGGUAAAUACAGAAUACUUAGCAGUGCCCAUUAAGAUAUCGACGAACAGAAAUCAUCCAUGAAAUUCCUACGCAUUCAGUGCGGGAAAUCUAAUUGUAUCAGAAACUUUAUAGCAUGAACAUUGGAACAUGUAAAUCAAAUUGAAAUAGAUAUGCGUGUAUCAAUUAACUUCGGGAUAUUAUUUACUUUCACAACGAAUGUUAUAGCAUUAAUGAUAGAUGAAAAAUUUAUCAAACAGGCAACAGAAAGUGGUCACGAUUGCGAAAAUUUUCUUGUAAAUAGUUUGACUACUAGAUCGAAACUUUCAUGUGCAGAAAAAUGCGCAUCUCGAGAGGACGAGUGUUUUUCGUUUUCACACAAUUUACAAACGCGGAAGUGUCGACUGUUCAGUAACGUAAUUUCGGAUGUAACAACAUGUGUCAGUUCGCCGAAUACAAUUGUGUACAGGCGCAAAGUCAACAACGAAUUAUGGCCAAGAGGAUCAUUUGGACUUAUGGGAACUACAACCGGAUGUCCUGCUCCUACGUGGAGUACAGGCCGAAUCACUCAAGACACCGAAGGAUCAAAUGUUCUAUCAGCUGUAACAAAUGCAGUUCAUUUAAAAGGAUCAAUUACAACAUCUGAAAUAACGACAGAGUUCUGUAUGAAGCAAGGGGGAGCUGUAACAGAACAACCUUCAUGGCCCAUGGGAUCAUAUUGUAUUUUAAAAUCUGGAGAUUGUCCUUCGGGAUUUUCCUCUGGAUACAUAACUUGGGACGACGAAGAUGUGACGAACAGUAAUUCGGCUGUUGGUGCCUUACCAGAUGGUGAAUUCACCAACGAUCUCACCACAAUCUUCUAUUGUUGCAGAAACGACAGUUCAACAACUUCUCCUAUGGUAUUACCUACAGCGGCUCCGUUUGUAUUGUUAAAGAAAGGAGCGACGUGUCAAUCCGUCAAUGGUAUGUCUGUUGUUGAGGAAUGGGUCUUCUGGGAGACAGAAGGUACUAAUAAUAAUGAUGCUUAUGAAGGAUCGUACCCAAGUAUGGAAAGAAUCACACCAGAUAUAGGAAUCAAGCUUUUCUAUUGUUACUACAGCUGAAAACUGUCGUCAGGAUGCAAUCGAUCAUUGAAAUUUAGUUUAGAUCAGGUGUCUUUUUCUGAGCAUCCCUUCUGGCAUGUUGCAAAAAUACUUUUGUGGUCAAAAAUAUUUUACCAAGUAACAUUCAUUAUACAACAAAAUCAUCUGAAACUAGAAAAAAAAAUAUGGAUUAAACUAUCAAAAAAUGAUGUGUUGUUAAGUGUUUUAAAAAUUUACAGAAAAAAAAAUCUUUUUGGAUUCAAGGGCAGAAAAUCAUACUAAAUUCGAUAGGAAAAUUUGAGCUAUAUGGAUUUUUCAAGAAAGUAAGGCCAGUGACCCCCAAAAUUUGAAAGUAUACUGACCCAGAAGUCUUUUACAGAAGUUUAAGAAAAUUGUAUCGUCGAACAUUUUGACACCCCAGCUUCAUUAACUGACCGUUUUGUGUAUUAUUUCAUGGUUUAAUGUUGCGUGGUUUUGCAGAGAAGCAAUCGUAUACUUCAUAUAAUAGCUGUAUUGGUAAAGUACAAAAUGACUUUCCUUUACACUAUGUACUUAUAUAAAUGCCUGUACCAAUAUAAAAAUGAGGAGAUAAGGUACGAUUCCAAGUCAGGAAUUGAACUUGUUUCGUUGGUAAAUAGCGUUUGAUUUUGUCAGUUUUGUAAGGACUUCCAUUUUUGAAUUUGCCUUGAAGUUUGGUAAUUUUGUUAUACUUUUUACUAACUUUUAGUAAUGAAAGAGAAUA